AUGUCUCCGAUUCCUAACGAAGUGAUCAACGCUUUCUAUCUUGUGGGACGCAAUUUUAUCGACGAUGCCACCGGCAGCAGGAGCGACGUUGGCGGCCUGUGGCGACUGUGGGAUUUGUGUAUGAAGGACACCGCAUGUACGGUGGUGUCAAUAGUGUUGAUUGUCAUUGGUAGCCUCAUUGUCAUCUGGGUGUUGGGCACCAUUUUUCGCUGUUUCUACUACGGUUUGGCCUGUGGUGAUGCGUGCUUUGGGUGCUUCUGUUGUUGCUGUGGUCGGAAUAAGCGCUCUAAACACAACUCUUCGCAAAACUACGAAAAGCCGGCCACGAUGUACACCGACCCCAACAUGUACUCGGCGCAACAACAGCCGAUGUACCCCAACAAAGAAAACGCUAAAUACCGCCAAGCGUUCUAA